UAUACACACCACCACCUUUUUAUUUCUUCUCCACAACCACAUAAUUAUAUUCUCAUUCUUAUCCAUUUUUUCUCUAAAAAUAUUAACUAAUGGCUAAAAAAAAUUAUUCAAUCCCAAUUCUUUUUAUUUUGUUCAUAACCAUUCAUAUAGUUAAAUCACAACCCUUGAAAUGUCCAAUACCACCCGAACUAGCAAAGAAACUUCAGUUCGAUUCCGCCGCCAUUGACGCCGCCUCUACAGAUUACGGCAACAUAAUCCACAACAAACCAUUGGCGGUUCUUUAUCCGUCGUCCGUACAAGAUAUUGCCGGCUUAAUCAACGCUUCAUUCAACUGCGCCACUCCGUUUGGUAUAGGAGUUAAAGGCAAUGGGCAUUCGACACGUGGCCAAAGCAUGGCUUAUAAUGGAGUGGUGAUCGAUAUGAAAGCUUUCAGGGAGAGUAAAAAUGGAGUCGGAAUUAAAAUAUCUAAAGAUCAAUCAUAUGUUGACGUUGGAGGUGAAGAGCUGUGGAUUGACGUGUUGAAUGCUACGGUGAGUCAAGGUGUUGCACCGGUUUCUUGGACGGAUUUUUUGGGUUUGACCGUCGGCGGCACUCUUUCUAACGCCGGAAUUAGUGGCCAGACUUUCCGAUUUGGUCCUCAGAUCACCAAUGUCAAUGAACUGGAUGUCAUUACGGGAAAAGGAGAGUUCGUAACCUGCUCCGCAAACAACAAUUCUGAGCUGUUUUAUGGUGUUUUGGGCGGUUUAGGUCAAUUCGGAGUUAUAACAAGAGCAAGAAUUCCCUUAGGCCCUGCUUUUGACAGGGCUGUGUGGGCACAAAUACUAUACAGCAAUUUCUCAGCAUUCACAAGCGAUCAAGAACGUUUCAUCACAGCUCAUGGUAAAAAACAAGGAAAAAAUGCAGUAACUUACUUAGAAGGUGGCGUUCUCCUCGACAAUGGAACCCCAAAUAUUUGGAGAACCUCAUUUUUCCCACCGUCCGACAUCCCAAAGAUUACAUCCUUAGUAAAACAACAUGGUAUCAUGUACAGUCUUGAAAUUGCCAACAGUUUCGAUGACGUGACGAACAAGGAUGUGCAGAAAGAAAUGAAGGAUUUUACUGAUGCACUCAGCUCCAAGCCUGAAUUUAUGUACAUAACGAACGUGACUUACGUCGAAUUCUUGAAGAGAGUUCAGCUCCCAGACGAGAGUAGUUUGGCACAUCCAUGGCUGAAUCUUUUCGUACCGAAAUCGGACAUUUUAGGGUUUAAUGAUGGUGUUUUUAGGGAUAUUGUUCUUCAACGUAAUAUUUCUACUGGGCCUGUUCUUUUCUAUCCCAUGAUGCGAAACAAAUGGGAUAAUAGAAUGUCUGCAGCCGUACCAGAUGAAGACAUUUUCUACACAGCAGGACUUUUAUAUUCAAGCGAGAUUAACGAAUGGCAGGUUUAUGAUGAUCAAAAUAAGGCAAUUCUAGACUUUUGUGAUAAAUCAGGUUUUCAGAUUAAGCAAUAUCUUCCAAAUAUACCAACCAAACAAGAAUGGAUUAAACAUUUUGGAUCCAACUGGACAACUUUUGAGCAUAGAAAAACUUUGUUUGAUCCCAAAAUGAUUAUGUCACCAGGCCAAAGAAUAUUCAACAGUAGUUGAUUAAUUAUAGUGUAAAAUGGGUUCAAUAUUAGAGCAAUUAAUAAUAAAUUUUGAUAUUUUUGAUU